AUGGGACAGACUCUGCGUCUGGAGAUUGCACCUCAGGACCCCAAGCCACACUCCGAUGAUGACGCCGAUCACCAGCUCAAUACGACGGGAAGUGAUGGGGGUAACCCGGGAGAUGGCACCCCUCCCCCAAAGCGAAAGGGCAAGUUCUCCACUCUGGGCAAGAUCUUCAAACCCUGGAAAUGGAGGAAGAAGAAAAGCAGUGAGAAGUUUAAGGAAACUUCAGAAGUUCUGGAAAGAAAGAUGUCGAUGAGACGGCCAAGGCAAGAGCUGAUAGAGCAGGGAGUACUGAGAGAGCUCCCCGAGAAUGAGGGAGAUGAGAUGCAUGGCUCCAAGCCGUCCUAUGUGAAAAAUGGCCACACCCUGCCUGUUGGGGGCGGCAGCGGUGGGGGUCGAUUGAUGGAGCAGGGAAGGGCUCCGUCUGAAUCGGAAUUCAGGGUCAACCCAUCCUGGCUACCCCAGCCCGAGGAAAGGCGCGGUCGUGCCCCCUCUGACGGGGAACGUCGUGGAGCUCUGGGGCCCCGAGGUCCCAGCCACGAGGAGGCCAGGGACGGCGGGAGGGGAGGGGGUCGUUUGACCGGAGAGGACUGGAAGCCUAGUCUCCCUUGGCAGGAGGAGGGACGGCGUUUAGGCAGACCUCACUCCGACGCCGACAAAAGGCCGGGCCUAACCAAAGCCCCGUCCGAGGACGGGCGCAGGACUCGCCCCGAGGCCGAAUGGAAGCCCACCCUCCCCCGCCACUCGUCUGCGGAAGAGGGCAGGGGCCGCCGAGAGUCUGACAGCGGCCACGUCAUUCCCGACCCCGAAACUCUGCGGGACACCCUGAGGGAGCCGUUGCCCCCCAAGCAGUCCGUCCUGCCCCCGAAGUGGCUGAUGAGCUCCACCCCAGAGCCCGGCGCGGAGGGCUCCCCCCGAACUCCCGUCCACCACCUCCCCGUCUCCUUCUCCUCCUCCUCCUCGGCCUCCUCAAGCUCUUCCUCGUCCUCGUCCGUCAGCAUGGCCGGGAAGCCCGCGUUGACUGUCUCUUCUGCCGGGAGCAGCUCUCACCUCCCCAGCGGAGUGCCCCUCACUACUUCCUCAGCCCCCUCUUCUUCCUCAUCAACCACAGGCACUGCCAGCCAUCCUGCCAAGCAGCCGCCCCUGCCCCCGCCCAAACCAGUCAACCGCACUAACAACCCCACCAUGCUGACGUCCACCCUGCACGGGGGUGACAAUGCAAACUUCCCCCUCUACUGGUCCUGCUGGAAGCGUGAGGGCGAUUACGACGUCUAUCUGUCCCUGCCUGUCUACCUGUGCCGGCGGGCAGGAGGUGUGCGCUCAGCUGAACUCACACAGGCUGGAGUGGGCGCCAGUCUAGUGCCAGCCAAGCCCUCCCCACCCAUGCCCCCUAAGAGGACGACCCCAGUGACGAAACGGAACACCGAGGACACCUCCACACCCAUUCCAACUCUCCCCAUCGCUUCCAUGCUGUCUCCCGAAGAGCGGGCCAACAUCCCCGGGGGCUUCCCACUGCCCCCUCCACCCCCAUCUCCCCCUCUCCCAACGCACAUUCCUCCAUCCCCACCUAGACCUCACACACACCACUUACUGCAUCAGCACUCCUACCCUCACCCCCUGCCUCAGCCAAUACCCGCUCACUUUGACCCUCCCAGCCCCCCCGAAGAGCCCCACGGGCGCCAGGCUCCGGUGCCCCUGCACAUCAUGAUCCAGCGGGCACUGAGCAGCCCGGGCCCAGCGGUGCCCCAUCCGGACAGCUCUCAACGCGCCCACUCGCUGCUGUUUGAGACGCCCCCAGAGUGCCAGGGUGAUGCCCAUGGGCGUCCACUGCCUGUCACUAUUCAGCCCCUCAAAGUAGAUGAAGAUGACUAUUCCGAUGAAGAAGAGGAGGAGGAAGAGGAGCCCCUUCCCGAUCACCUGCCUCCUCCGCAGCCAGAACUAGAACCACGUAGCCGCAGGUGCCUGGUAGGGGAGCUGAACGUCAGCGUCAUUCCCGAAGGUCCAGACAGCAGUGAAGAAGAGGAAGAGGAGGAGGAGGAGGAGGAGGAAGAUCAGCAUGCUGAAGAAAGCGAUUCUGACGGGCCUGUACUCUACAAGGAUGAAGAAUCAGAUGAGGAUGAGGAUGAGUGUCCCCCCAGUGCUCUGGCCAGCAGGGUGAAGAGGAAGGACACUCUGGCUCUGAAGCUGAGCAGCAGGCCCUCUGCCCCAGACAGGCAGGCUCCAGAGAGACAGGCCAGGGUCGAACACACAGGCCUGUCUUGGCAGAGCAAAGAGCAGUGGGAGGCCAUCCGCACACAGAUCGGCACAGCACUCACACGACGACUGAGUCAGAGGCCAACUGCUGAAGAGCUGGAACAGAGAAAUAUCCUACAGCCUAAGAAUGAAGCUGACCGACAGGCAGAGGUCCGGGAGAUCAAGCGUAGACUCACCAGAAAACUGAGUCAAAGGCCUACUGUGGCGGAGCUGCAGGCCAGGAAGAUCCUGCGAUUCCACGAGUACGUCGAGGUCACCCAUGCUCAAGACUACGACCGUCGCGCUGACAAACCAUGGACCAAACUCACGCCUGCCGACAAGGCCGCAAUCCGCAAGGAACUGAACGAAUUCAAAAGUACUGAGAUGGAAGUUCACGAAGAGAGUAGAAUCUACACAAGAUUUCACCGGCCCUAGCGUCCUCCACGGCUUGAAGGCGAAGCACUUGUGCACUGGCUGGCAGAGAUAGAGAGGCGUUUUCGUUUCUGCCGAGGAACUUUAGGGUCUUGGUGCUCCCACAAAAAAACAAAAAAGAAAAAAGAAAAGACUGCCUUCUAAAUGUUACUGAAUGUACUGUGUGUGCAGAUGAACAGGGAAGCCUAAAACAAUGAAGAAAACGAACCAUUCCUCAAGACAUCUACUCACAGCUGUAAAUAUUAUGUGUCUACGUGGGGGAUGAGCUCUGGGAGACAGAUGCAGUAUUUCUCCCAGACACUAGGGGGAAGCCAUGUGCCAAGACUGGAAAGGUGGCAAAGAGUUUGAUGAGGAGUGUGCAAAGUGCCACUGGGCUAACAGGAGACAUCAUGUGUGGCACCCCUCAGGGACCGAUCCCAUAAGCGGACUUGCCUCUGCUCUCUCUCCUCUGUAUGGUGGGGAGUGUCCAGGGUUGCCUUUUUUUUUUUCCCCUCUUCUUACACUUCAUAUGGCACA